AGUGGUAACAUUGACGAAAGAGGAUUGAUGUGAGAUGUGUAUCGAACGAAAGAUUUUUCUUGGAAACUUGUAAAAAGUGCUUGAGAAACAUAAUUUAGAAGUAUUAGUGCAUCAUUAACAUUGCUGAUAACAAGACGCACCUAACAUGGAGCAGAUACCACCACCAAAGGAGGUGAAAAUCCUUGAGACGGCAGAGGAUAUUCAAGAGCGACGUGAACAGGUGCUUAACCGCUAUGAGGACUUCAAGCAAGAGGCGCGUGCUAAGCGCGAGAAGCUCGAGGACUCCCGUCGCUUCCAGUACUUCAAGCGCGACGCUGACGAACUCGAAUCCUGGAUCCAGGAGAAGCUCCAGGCAGCCAGUGAUGAGAGCUACAAAGAUCCCACUAACCUGCAGGCAAAGAUACAAAAGCACCAAGCCUUCGAGGCCGAAGUUGCGGCGCACUCCAACGCGAUCGUGGUACUGGACAACACCGGCAGCGAGAUGAUCUCGGCCGGCCACUUCGCCUCUGAGACCAUCCGGAAGAGGCUGGACGAAUUACACAGACUGUGGGAGUUGCUCCUCUCGAGACUCGCAGAGAAGGGCAUGAAGUUACAGCAGGCGUUGGUGCUGGUACAGUUCCUGCGCCACUGCGACGAAGUUAUGUUCUGGAUUCAUGAUAAGGAAACAUUCGUAUGCGCCGACGAGUUCGGCUCAGACCUGGAACACGUUGAAGUACUGCAGCGCAAGUUCGAUGAAUUCCAAAAGGACAUGGCGGCCCAGGAAUACCGCGUCACCGAAGUUAACCAGCUGGCUGAGAGACUCGUGCUCGAGGGACAUCCCGAGCGAGAGACCAUCGUUAAGAGAAAAGACGAGCUCAACGAAGCGUGGCAGCGUCUUCGCCAGAUGGCGUUGAUGCGCCAGGAACGCCUGUUCGGCGCGCACGAGAUCCAGCGGUUCAACCGCGAUGCUGACGAGACCAUCGCCUGGAUCUCCGAAAAGGACGUCGUACUGGGCUCCGAUGAUUAUGGCCGCGACCUCGCCACCGUUCAGACGCUGCAGCGUAAACACGAGGGCGUUGAGCGUGACCUAGCUGCCCUGGAAGACAAGGUGGCUACCCUCGACGGAGAGGCCGCGCGCCUGGCAGCCAUCCACGCCGACCACGCGCCCGCCAUCCACUCCAAGCGGGACGAGAUCACGCAGGCAUGGCAGAGACUUGUGCAGAAAGCUCAGGAACGCCGCACCGAGCUGGAGUCGUCUUACGCGUUGCACCGUUUCCUGGCUGAUUACCGCGACCUGAUCUCCUGGAUGAGCGACAUUCGCGCGCUCAUCGCGGCCGACGACCUCGCAAAAGACGUGCCCGGGGCGGAGGCUCUGCUCGAACGACACCAGGAGCAUAAGGGUGAAAUGGACGCGCGCGAAGACGUGAUGAACGCAUGCGUGGUCAGCGGACAGGCGUUGGUCGAGGGGGGACACCGCGGCUCGGCGGAGGUCCAGUCGGCGCUGGACACAUUGCACCGCGACCGCGCGGCCCUGCACGCACUGUGGGAGCAGCGCCGCGUGCUCUACCUACAGUGCAUGGACCUGCAGUUGUUCUACCGCGACACGGAACAAGCCGACGCCUGGAUGCACAAGCAAGAGGCUUUCCUUGCCAACGAGGAUGUAGGUGACUCUCUAGACUCAGUUGAAGCGUUGCUAAAGAAACACGAAGAUUUCGAGAAGUCUCUGGCCGCCCAAGAGGAAAAGAUCAAGGCUUUAGACGAGUUUGCUACGAAACUUAUCGAAGGACAACAUUAUGCCGCAGAUGAUGUUGCACAGCGCAGAGAGAUGCUUCUCGAACGUCGCGCAGCUCUCCUAGAGAAGUCAAGCCAACGCCGCGCCCUUUUGGAAGACGCUUACAAAUAUCAGCAGUUUGAACGUGACUGUGACGAGACCAAAGGUUGGAUCAACGAGAAGCUGAAGUUCGCCACUGACGACUCUUACUUGGACCCCACGAACUUGAAUGGCAAAGUGCAGAAGCAUGGCAACUUCGAGCAAGAGCUGCAGGCGAAUAAACCGCGCGUCGACGAGAUCAACGCUCUCGGCUCUAAGCUGCUUGAACAGGAGCAUUUUGCUAGACCUCAAAUCGAGUCUCGCGUGGACGAACUGGGAUCCCUCUGGGAGAGGCUGGUGCAAGCAUCGGAGCUGAAGGGAAGCAAACUGCAAGAGGCGGCCGCGCAACAGCAAUUCAACCGCGCUUCCGAGGACAUUGAGCUGUGGCUGUCUGAAGUUGAAGGACAACUGCUCAGCGAGGAUUACGGCAAGGACUUGACAAGCGUGCAGAACCUCCAAAAGAAGCACGCUCUACUAGAGGCGGAUGUUAGCUCGCACGCGGAACGCAUCGACGCACUGCGCGAAACGGCCGAACAGUUUAUUGAGCGAGGACACUUCGACGCAGACAAUAUCAAGGCCAAGAGGGAUGCCCUGGUUGCUCGCUACGCAGCCCUUGAUAAGCCAAUGGCGGUGCGCAAGCGCAGGCUACUCGACUCUCUGCAAGCGCAGCAACUGUUCCGCGACCUCGACGACGAGGCCGCGUGGAUCCGCGAGAAGGAACCCAUCAUCGCUUCUACCAAUAGAGGUCGGGACCUCAUCGGCGUACAGAACCUGAUGAAGAAGCAUCAAGCCGUAAUGGGUGAAAUGGCUCAACACGAAGCCCGCGUGGAGGCGGUCCGCGCGGCCGGCGCCGCUCUGCGGGACGCGGGCCACUUCGCCGCCGCGGAUAUCGCCGCCCGCCUACACGCACUGCACUCUACCUGGACCCAGCUGCAAGAAAAAGCUCUCCAGCGCAAACAAGAUUUAGAGGACUCCCUUCAAGCGCAGCAAUACUUCGCUGAUGCCAACGAGGCGGAAUCGUGGAUGCGCGAGAAAGAACCCAUGGCAAACACUCAGGACUACGGCAAGGAUGAGGACUCCUCUGAGGCCUUAUUGAAGAAGCACGAGGCCCUGUUGUCUGAUCUCGAGGCCUUUGGUAACACCAUCAAGGCUUUGCGGGAACAGGCCAACUCUUGUCGCCAACAAGAGUCGCCAGUGGUGGACGUGUCGGGCAAAGAGUGUGUGGUCGCCCUUUACGACUAUGCGGAGAAAUCCCCACGUGAGGUGUCCAUGAAGCGCGGCGAUGUUCUCACCCUGCUCAACUCGAACAACAAGGAUUGGUGGAAGGUGGAAGUCAAUGACAGGCAAGGCUUUGUGCCAGCCGCCUACGUUAAAAAGAUCGACGCUGGACUGUCUUCGUCGCAGCAGAAUCUCGCGGACUCUAGUUCUAUUGCAGCCAGGCAGAACCAGAUCGAAGGACAAUACGACAACCUGCUGGGAUUGGCUCGAGAACGCCAAAACAAACUCAACGAGACCGUUAAGGCGUACGUACUUGUUAGAGAGGCGGCUGAACUUGCAACAUGGAUCAAGGACAAGGAGAUGCACGCUCAAGUGCAAGACGUGGGCGAAGAUCUGGAGCAGGUGGAGGUGAUGCAGAAGAAGUUCGACGACUUCCAGAACGACCUGCGCGCCAACGAAGUGCGCCUUGCUGAGAUGAACGAGAUCGCCGUGCAGCUCAUGACUGUAGGCCAGACCGAAGCCGCGCUCAAAAUCAAGACUCAGAUGCAGGAAUUGAACUCAAAAUGGACAUCCCUGCAACAACUAACAUCUGAACGAGCUGCCCAACUGGGCUCCGCGCAUGAAGUGCAACGGUUCCACCGGGACGUGGAUGAGACUAAGGACUGGAUCGCUGAGAAGGAGGCCGCACUUGCCUCCGAUGACCUUGGACGCGACCUUCGUUCCGUGCAAACUCUGCAACGUAAACACGAGGGCCUGGAGCGUGACCUGGCCGCAUUGGGCGACAAGAUCCGCCAGCUGGAUGACACCGCCAACCGCCUCAUGUCCACUCACGGCGACUCCGCCGAUGCCACUUACAGCAAGCAGCGGGAGAUCAACGAGGCCUGGCAACAGUUGCAGGCGCGGGCCAACGCUCGCAAGGAGAAACUGCUCGAUUCAUAUGACUUACAGAGAUUCUUGUCAGAUUGUCGCGAUCUUAUGGCAUGGAUAAACUCCAUGAUGGCUCUCGUGAGCUCAGAGGAAUUGGCUAACGAUGUCACGGGUGCUGAAGCUCUUCUUGAACGACACCAGAGCCAGCGCUUGGAGAUAGACGCUCGUUACGGCAUACUGCCGCAGGAACACCGCACGGAAAUGGAUGCACGCGCGGGCACUUUCCAGGCUUUGGAACUGUUCGGGCAACAGCUGUUGCAGGGUGGGCACUACGCCAGCCUCGAUAUACAGGACAAGCUUAACGCCAUGGCAGAUGCACGCCAAGACCUCGAAAAGGCGUGGGUAGCAAGGCGUAUGAAGCUCGACCAGAACUUGGAGCUGCAACUGUUCUACCGCGAUUGCGAACAAGCGGAGGCCUGGAUGGGCGCCCGCGAGGCCUUCCUCGCGCCCGCAGUCGACACGCCCGACGCGGCGGACAACGUCGAACAACUCAUCAAGAAGCACGAAGACUUUGACAAGGCGAUCAACGCACAUGAAGAAAAAAUCGCUCAAUUGCAAACUCUAGCUGAUCAGCUGAUAGCGUCGGACCACUACGCCGCAGAUCCCAUCGACAAAAAGCGAGUCCAAGUGCUCGACCGCUGGCGUCAUCUCAAGGAAGCCCUUAUCGAGAAGCGAUCCAGAUUGGGUGACGAGCAAACUCUGCAACAAUUCUCGCGGGAUGCUGAUGAAAUGGAGAACUGGAUCGCGGAGAAAUUGCAACUAGCCACUGAAGAGAGUUACAAGGACCCGGCCAACAUCCAAUCCAAACACCAAAAGCACCAAGCGUUCGAAGCCGAACUGGCCGCGAAUGCCGAGCGUAUACAAUCAGUAUUGGCUAUGGGAGGCAACUUGGUACAACGCGGACAGUGUAGCGGCAGCGAAGACGCCGUACAGGCUCGCUUGGCAUCCAUCGCCGACCAAUGGGAGUUCCUAACGCAAAAGACCACGGAGAAGUCUCUGAAACUGAAGGAGGCCAACAAACAACGCACAUAUAUCGCCGCCGUCAAGGACCUCGACUUUUGGCUUGGAGAGGUUGAGAGCCUCCUCACAUCGGAAGACUCUGGAAAAGAUUUGGCAUCAGUGCAGAACCUAAUGAAGAAGCAUCAACUUGUUGAAGCUGAUAUUCAAGCUCAUGAAGACAGGAUCAGUGACAUGAACGCACAGGCGGACGCCCUGGUGUCGUCUGGUCAGUUCGACAGCGCGGGCAUCGGCGCUCGCCGCUCCGCCAUCAACGAACGAUUCGAACGAGUGCGUGCGUUGGCUGCGCACCGACGCGCCCUGCUGCAUGAGGCCAACACUCUGCACCAGUUCUUCAGGGACAUCGCCGAUGAGGAGUCCUGGAUCAAGGAGAAGAAACUUCUCGUGGCAUCGGAUGACUACGGCCGCGAUUUGACCGGAGUACAGAACCUCCUGAAGAAGCACAAGCGUCUUGAGGCCGAGUUGGCCAGCCACGAGCCGGCAGUACAAGCCGUGCAAGAGGCUGGCGAGAAGUUAAAGGACGUGAGCAACGUAGGCGUGGCUGAGAUCGAACAGCGCCUCCGCGCUUUGGCGCAGGCUUGGGAAGCGCUGCAAGCGCUGGCGGCGGAGCGGGGAGCCAAACUGCAGCAGUCAUUGGCAUACCAACAGUUCCUCGCCAAGCUCGACGAAGAGGAGGCUUGGAUUAGUGAGAAGCAGCAGCUGGUGGUGGUGAGCGAGUGCGGCGACAGCAUGGCCGCCGUGCAGGGCCUGCUUAAAAAGCACGAGGCGCUGGAGGCAGAGCUGGCGGCUCGCGGGGAGCGCGUGCGCGACCUCACGGCGGAGGGCGAAGCGCUACUGGCAGCCGGGAACCUGCACUCCGAAGCGCUGGCGCACCGCUUGCACGGGCUACAGGCAAAACUGGAGAAGUUGACAUCAUUGGCCGCUCGUCGCAAGGCUGCCCUGGUGGACAACUCUGCCUACCUGCAACUGCUGUGGAAGGCCGACGUCGUGGAGUCGUGGAUCGCGGAUAAGGAGACGCACGUGCGUUCCGAUGAAUUCGGUCGAGAUCUGUCCACCGUCCAAACUCUGCUCACCAAGCAAGACACUUUCGAUGCCGGUCUGACAGCGUUCGAGCACGAGGGCAUCCAGAACAUAACCGCACUGAAAGAGCAACUUGUGGCGGCGGGCCACGAGCAAAGCGCCGCCAUUUCCCGACGCCACGGUGACGUCAUAGCGCGCUGGCAACGCCUGCUCGCAGACUCGGCCGCGCGCAAACAACGCUUGUUGCAGCUCCAGGACCAGUUCCGACAGAUCGAGGAGCUGUACCUCACUUUCGCGAAGAAGGCAUCCGCGUUCAACUCGUGGUUCGAAAAUGCGGAAGAGGAUUUGACCGACCCCGUGCGAUGCAACUCCAUUGAAGAGAUCAGAGCAUUGAGAGAUGCACACGCACAAUUCCAGGCGUCGCUGUCGUCGGCGCAAAGCGACUUCGAGGCGCUGGCGGCGCUGGACGCGCAGAUCAAGUCGUUCAACGUGGGCGCCAACCCCUACACCUGGUUCACCAUGGAGGCGCUCGAGGAGACCUGGCGCAACCUGCGCAAGAUUAUAGCGGAACGCGACGUUGAGCUGACGAAGGAGGCCCAGCGUCAAGAGGAGAACGACAAACUGCGCAAAGAGUUCGCCAAGCACGCCAACGCGUUCCACCAGUGGCUCACCGAGACGCGGUACCGGCUGCUAGGCUGGGACGGCACAUCGAUGAUGGAGGGCACGGGAUCACUGGAAGCCCAGUUGGCCACGCUCCGGCAACGCGCCACGGAGGUGCGAGCUCGACGCUCCGACCUGCGGCGUCUGGAAGAACUAGGUGCGGCACUGGAGGAGCAUUUGAUCCUGGACAAUCGCUACACGGAGCACAGCACAGUGGGCCUGGCCCAGCAGUGGGACCAGCUCGACCAGCUGUCCAUGCGCAUGCAACACAACCUGGAGCAACAGAUCCAGGCCAGGAACCACUCUGGUGUGAGCGAGGACGCCCUGAAGGAGUUCUCGAUGAUGUUCAAACACUUCGACAAGGACCGCUCGGGGCGUCUCAACCACCACGAGUUCAAGUCUUGCCUGCGCGCGCUCGGGUACGACCUGCCCAUGGUCGAGGAGGGACAACCUGACCCGGAGUUCGAGGCUAUACUCAAUGUGGUCGAUCCGAACCGCGACGGCCAAGUGUCCCUGCAAGAGUACAUGGCGUUCAUGAUAAGCAAGGAAACCGAAAACGUGCACUCGUCCGAGGAGAUCGAGAACGCGUUCCGCGCCAUCACGGCGCACCAGGACCGCGCCUACGUCACCAAGGACGAACUAUACGCCAACCUCACCAAGGAGAUGGCGGACUAUUGCGUGGCGCGCAUGAAACCCUUCGUGGAGCCGAAGUCGGAGCGCCCCAUCCCGAACGCGCUCGACUACAUAGACUUUACGCGCACGCUCUUCCAGAACUAAUGCGACAAGCUUCGAUCUAUGCUUCUGCCGCGCAGUUGUGCUUUAUUAUAUUGUAACUUAUUAAAUCACGGUACAAAAGA